UUUGGAAAAUGUAUUGAGGAAUAUUCAGAUAUCUCCAGAUUUUAACAAAGAUACAACUUUAAAUAUAAUUCAACACUGCCAUGGAAUUAUUCAACAACUUAUGACCACAGAAAAUGACCAGCUUUUAGUGAAUGUGUUGUGGCAUCUUUUGAAGUGUUUAGAAUCUCAUCAUAGAAAGAUUGCUAAAUGGAAGAAAAAACAGUCUGAACACCCAAAAUGUGAUACAUGUCCAUCAGAAAAAAGUAAAUUUAAACAAAACCGAAUAACUGCCAUUGAAGACAGCAUAUAUACCAAAAGCCAUUUGACAUUUAAUGAUGUUGCUGGUUUAUCUGAUGCCAAACAGGCAUUAUAUGAAGCUAUUAUAAUGCCCUUGCAGUUUCCACAUCUUUUUACGGGAAAUAGAAGACCUUGGAAAAGAAUAUUAUUGUAUGGACCACCAGGAACUGGAAAAUCUCGUUUGGCACUUGCCCUUUCUUCAGCAAUAACCUCUACAUUUUAUUCCAUAUCGAGUGCUAAUCUCCUUUCAAGUUGGGUUGGAGAAAGUGAAAAAUCUAUUAAAGAACUUUUCCAACACGCCUGUAAAAACAAAUCCAAAUCAGUUAUUUUUAUUGAUGAAAUUGAUAGUUUGUGCAGAAAGAGAAAUGUGCAAGAAGAGGAGCAUACAAGACGAUUUAAAACUGAACUAUUGAAACAAAUGGAAGGAGUUGGCAACACAGAGACCAAAGAUAAUAUAUUUCUGCUAUGUGCAACAAACUGUCCUUGGGAACUUGAUGUAGCAUUUUUGAGACGUUUCCAGAAACGGAUUUAUAUUCCACUUCCUGAUAAAGAUGCUAGGCUUCAACUUUUUAAAAUCCAUACAAAAAAUACAUGUUUGGACUUCUCAGAUGAAGACUGGGAUUCUUUAGCAGAAAAGACACAUCUCUACUCAGGAAGUGAUAUUGCUAACCUGACGCUUGGUGCUUUAUUUCAACCUAUAAGAAAGAUGCAGAGUGCUAAAUACUGGAAAAUCUUAGAUGGAAAAUACCUUCCCUGUGAAUCUUUUCAUCCUCAAGCUAUUCGCACUGAACUGAAAGAUUUACCUGCAGCAAGUGUUAUUCCACAUCAAGUUACACUUGAAGAUUUCAUCAAGUCCAUGCAGACACAUUCUAAAACUGUUAGUGAAAAUGAUCUUAAACAGUUCAAAGACUUUACCCAAAGGUUUGGUGAGCUUGGGUAAAAUGUUUCUGUAAAGUUUGAAGUACUUUUAUUAACAUGUUUUUACAAGUUAGAUUCAUUUCAUUAAAAAUUAAUUUACUGGACAUUGAGCUUUUUCUUUUUUCUUUCUACUGUCAUAGAGAUAUUAAACAUAAAUAAAAUUAUCAUAUACAAAUUCCUACAUUUCAUAUAUGAAAUCUUGGAAUUGCAUAAUAGGGUUAUCUAUUAAAUUUAUACUUAUUUUAAGGUUUCACAAAAAUAAAUAAUACUUUUGAAGUUG